AUGAAAUUUAAUAAAAUAACAAUAAUAUCUAUUGUUAUUGCAUUAUUUACAAUAAUAUUACAAAUUAGUGAAAGUAUAACAGUUUCAAAUUUAAAUAAUCAAAAGGAUAUUGAAUUUACAAUGUAUCAUAAUGAAGAUCAAUCGAAAUCAUGUAAAAUUCUAUUCAAACCUAAAUUAAUACCACACUCUACCAAUUCUAUCACUUCUGUUGAUUCUAUAAAUUUUAAAAAAGCAAUUCAAAUUAAAUGUAAAAAUUCAUUAACAAAAGAAAGUAGAUCAUUGUAUCAAAAAUCAUGUGAUUUAUUUAAAACAACAGUUGUAUCUGAUAAAGAUCCAAGUAAUUUAUCUUUUUCUUCAUUACCAAAGGUUUGUUAUAUAAUAAUAGGUAAUUUAAAUGAUUCUUCAUUACAAUAUGAAUUUUUAAAGAUUAAUUUAGAUUCAAAUAAUAUGAAUAUUGUUGCAAGUAAUUAUCAAUUAAAGAAAUCACCACCAGUUACUGGUGAUGAUAAAGAUCAAUUAUUUGUUAUCAUCGAUUUCUCUGAGGAUAUUUUAAAGUUGGUCUACGAAGAACCAAAGGUUGAAAAAGAGAAAGAAAAAGAAAAAGAAAAAGAGGAAAGUCAAUCAUUUAUUGGAAAAUAUUGGUUCUAUUUACUUCCACUCUUUUUAAUUAUCUUAGUAAAUAUGGCAGCACCACCACCAGCUGCUCAAACAAAUGCUGCCGCUUCUCAAGGUGCUGGUUCAAGAAAUAAUAAUAAUAAUAAUUAA